ACUCGUGUCAGUCUAGUACUUGUGGUUGUGCUGUGAGGUAAUACUAGGUUGUAUCAAGGAAGAGUGGAGCCAGCAACGUCUCCCAGCAGCUGAUACCAUGGGUGGUGGGAGGAGAUGACACCUAGUCACCUCACCCAGCUUACCUGCUCCGCCUCACACCUGGGCACAGACACGACUCUCCUGGGCUGUUCUCACCCCCAGGAACAGAGAACACCCAUUCAUGCAAGCUUCAUUGUAUUCUGGGACACCGAUAUCUCUCGUCUUCAGUCUGCCUUCAUGGUGGUGGAGUCUAGAAAUGGCAAGUUUUCACCUUUCUUGUCAACAAACUUUCAUACGAGGAUAGUCCUUAAACGGGGUUAUCCACAAGCACACAGUGUCCCCGACGAUGGCAGUGGCACGAACUUACGCCAGAAUCAUUCGGAAAUACACGACUUCCACCCUGCUGUGUGUUGUGGUGAUGCUGGGAGUGUGGGCCUACAACCUAUCUACCCCUCUGUCUCCUUACCUCCGCCCCACCCCCGCAUUCUUCCUGGGUAAUGGGGGUAUAGGUUAUGAAGAGCUGGGUGACGGAGGCUGGGGUGGGAGGUCCGGUGCAGAUAACGUGGGAAGUGGUCCUUUUGUAGAAACCUUUACGAGGGAAACGGAAAGUGCUGACGGCGGAAACAGUGGUAAUGAUAGUGACAGUAAUAAAAAUAGUAACGACAACACCAGAAAUAAAAGCAGUAAAUAUAGCAACAGUAAGAUCCACAGGAGCAGCAACAAAACGAUUAACAGCAAUAGCACAGACUCGCCACACCGACAACAACGGCGGCUGCGGCUGGACCCCUACAGGAGGUGGAUGCGGUUAUGGGGUGGUGAUGGUGGGGAAUGUGGCCAGCUGAAAGUCAUGUUUGGGCUGGAAGGUUCUCUGCCCACCUGUGCUUUGGCCUCCUACCCCGGUUCAGGCAACACCUGGACCAGACACCUGCUGCAGGCAGCCUCUGGUGUCUUCACCGGCUCCACCUACCGAGACCACCUUCUUUAUAUGAACGGGUUUUAUGGGGAGUUGGAUCCGUGGGCUUCUGGGACGACCCUCACGCAGAAGACACAUGAAUGUAAUCCCGACCUCAUCAAAGCCUUCAACGGCACGGGCGUCCUGCUGCUGAGGAACCCUUACCGUGCCAUACUCUCCUACCACAACUUCCUCUUCGGUGGCCACAUAGGCUAUGCUCCCAUCUCUAACUACCGGAGGAAAGAUUGGAGUGCAUUCGUUCACUUACAAGCCAGAUCUUGGCUAGAGAUGGCCACCAACUGGAUAACUGAGGCUAAGUCACUGCAGGUGCUACACUAUGAACACCUGCUGGAGGACCUCAUGACGCCCCUCUCCAGCGUCCUCGACUUCUUUGGCCUCCCCCGUGAGCUCGGGAGACUCCAGUGCCUUCAGAAACACGAGGAACUGACCUUCAAGAGGAGGGAGGAGUUCAUCCCUGAUAACCUGGAGAUCUUCAGCAUCACAAACCGAGACAAGAUCGACCGUGUGGUGCGCUAUGUGGACUACCUCCUGAGAAAGAACAACCAUCCCCCGCUGCCCAUCCACCUCUAUGAGUUCUACAACAACACUUCCCCGACCCAGGUGAUUACGCUGCCGUGCCUCGCCGGGGAGAACACCUUUGUGUGUGAUGAACGGAUAGAUCGUCUGAAUCUGGCAAAAAGGAGGAGAACGACCGCCAGGAGGACGAGGACACAAACAAACACGACAGCAGCAGGCCAGGUGGUGGAGGCAGCACCAGGGGGCCGGGAUGAGCAGAUUAACCGACAGGAGAAGCAGGACUCACUGGAGAGGUUUGCCAGCACGAAGGUGGGAUGGAUGGUGACGAAGAUGUUCACCGGCAUCAUGAAGUACGCUACCACUGACCCCAUCGUCAGUAUCGUCGGUCACCCGGGAUCUCGGGAACUCCUUCUACAGCCUCUUCUUCAGGAUCCUGUACAGUAGUCAGCGCUGGCCAUUAUUACAACCUGAAUGGUUCUCGCCCGCUGAUCAGAGUAAUGCACAUCUGGUAGCUGAUCAGAGUAAUGCACUUCUGGUAGCUGAUCAGAGAGUACAGUAAUGGACUUUUGGUAGCUGAUCAGAUAUGACACGUCUGGUAGAUGAUCAAAGAGUAGUGCACUUGAGGUAGAUGAUCAGACUCGACACACUUCAUGUUAAGGACUAGGAGGUAGGGUUAAUGGUUCCUCCAGUACUGUACUUGCAGCCUGCCAGCCACAGAGUCAGCUUUAAGCAAGACCAGUACCGUAGUUGGUCUUAAAACUUGAAGAAUUCCAGAAGGUGAAUUUUAGGGGAAGACUUGUGGUUUAUCUGGGAAUUAUUAUUUACUUGAAAGAGAUACAGAUACAAGUUUUCAUACUGCAGUAGUUGGAGGUGUUGACGAAACAGUAGUAAUGUGUGUGUAUCUCUCACUACCGUGUCCUGGGUUUAAGACAGACAGCUUCUUCCUGUACCUACACAGGAUCAUAAAGGUGGAGGAUGAAUUUAUUCCAAGCCAUAGAGCCUGACAGUAGCAUCACAUCAGGCCUUAACCUAACCUUGAACUGUUAUGACUCUGAUGGUGGUAUUCUAGAAAGAGAGAAUAAGUGUUCCAUGUAUUCAUUAAUGUAUAAUGUACUUAGGAGUGAGUAACAGCUAGAGGUAAGCAGUCUGUGACAGUACAAUUGUGAUUCUACAGAUGUGUUUGUGAACCCAUGAAAAAUGUGAACAAUAUAUGUAUACUUCUGAAAGUCCCAGCAGUGCUUAUGGUGAACAAACUUUGUGUUCGUUAUUCUGAACUGCCGUAGCAAAAUACUCGAACUGCUGGUCUACUCCAUGAUUGACAGUUGUAUUUCAUCUGGAUUUGGUGGGAUGCCAACAGAGGUGUAGACAAACUUUAUGGUUAAGUGAUGGUGUUUGAGUCAUUGUUCAUAUUUUUGUGUCUUGGUUAAAUUUAUUUAUUUAUUUAUUUAUUCUUGUGUAUGACCUGUAUUGGUAUUUUUUAUUUAUGUAUACAGUUAACCCUCACUUUACCCGGU